AUGCUGCCAACUGCUAUAGCAUCUAUGACAGAUGGCCUCCUGAUAUCGGAGAGUGAUUAUGCACAGCGAUGCAAGAAGCUGCUUGCGCUAGUGAAGAGAUUACGAGCCUCUGGAGCACAAGCAGAUUUAGACCUUCCCCGCAUUGCGGUCAUCGGAAAUCAGAGCGCAGGAAAAUCCAGUCUCGUCGAAGCUAUUUCUGGGAUCACUGUCCCGCGUGAUGCUGGAACAUGUACGCGUUGUCCUAUGGAAUGUCGCAUGUCUUCUUCGUCUGGAACGUGGAAUUGUCAAGUGUCCAUACGCUGGGAAUUUGGUAACGAUGGGAAGCGGAUGGAAAAGGUGAAGGAGAUUUUUUUUGGAGAUGUUAUUACGGACAAAGCGCAAGUGGAGCCAACGCUACGCCGUGCGCAAGCGGCAGUCCUAAACCGCAGCGUGCCUAUGACAACCUUCUUGACUCUAUCCGACGAUGAACUUAGGAGAAUAUUUAAGGACAAAAAGUACUCACCCUUAUCUUUCUCUAGCAACGCUGUCUGCAUCGACUUAUCUGGUCCGGAAUUGACUGAUUUGUCGUUCGUGGAUUUACCCGGCAUCAUUCAGAAUGCUGAGCCGGAGACCGUGAAGUUUGUCGAAGAUUUGGUGAAAUCGCACAUCAAAGGUAACUGCUUAAUACUCGUCACUUUGCCCAUGAGUGAUGACAUUGAUAAUCAGAAGGCAGCUCGCCUUGCGCGUGAGGCAGAUCCUCGCGGUUUGCGAACUAUAGGUGUAUUAACUAAACCAGAUACGCUUCCGCCUGGCUCUAGCAAGAUGCGGGAGUUGUGGCUGGAAGUGCUUGAGGAUCGAAGCUCGUCCAAUCGACUUCAUCAUGGAUAUUUCUGCGUUCGACAGCCUGAUGAUGAUGAACGAGCAGCUGGUAUAACGACAACACAAGCUCGUGCUGCCGAAGAGGCGUUCUUCACGAGCACCUCUCCGUGGAAUCAAUCGAGCCACCGAUCUCGUUUUGGGACGUAUCAUUUAGUACGGACACUCGGCAAGCUUCUGGUACAGAGAAUCAACGACACAUUACCUGCCCUCCGGACAGAGGUUGUUUCCCAGCUCGCUACUUGCAGUGGGCAAUUGGAUCAAUUACCUCCCGCAAUCACUUCUGAUCCAUCAUCAUACGUGUUGAGUAUCAUAACGGAAUUCUGUCGUACUGUCAAAGCAGCUGUCCAGGGUGAUUCCAAGAUGGCUACUCUUGUGCAAAAGAAUACCAGGAUAUAUGCCGCAUUCAAACGCGACAUCCGUUCCACAGCUCCUCUGUUUAUCCCCUAUCCUUCGGCAGACCAAAUGCCAUCCAGUACUACCAAUCACGUUAAUCUCGAUUUUGAAGACGACCAAGACGAUAACGAACAUGUGAAUAAUAAUGUUCCUGCGACUCUUUCUGGUUUGAAAGUUAUGUAUCUCCAAGAUGUGAAGCGAUACAUAAGAGAGGCCAUCACGCGCGAACUGCCCAACAACGUCCCGUACCCUGCCAAGGUUUCACUAAUCCUAGAUUUUCAGGGAUCGUGGGAGAAUUUGGUUCAGUGUUGCUUUCAGAGGGUGUACGCGGAGUAUGAUGCGACCGUAUCAGUCCUCAUGACGAACCAGUUUGGUCGAUAUGAGAACUUGAUAAUGCAUGUGAAGCUUGCUAUACAGGAGUUACUUAAGAAUCGCAAAGAUGAAACGCUCAGGAUGCUGCACAUGCUGCUCAAAUUCGAGACGACACCCUUCACGCAGAAUGACCAUUAUUAUCACGAGAAGACCGCGAAGUGCCUUGCAAGGUACAGGGAUGCACGUGCGGGUAGGGUUACUCCGCUGAAAGUGACCAAAGCUCAGCCCUCUGGGCAGAAAACGAAUGAUGCUCAACCGUACGCGUUUUCCGCAACGGAAGGCCCUUUCCCCUCUUCCUCGGCUUCCAGUUUCCCUUCUGGUGACAACCUUGCACAGCUCAAUCCAGCGAUUUCUCCGAGUAACACUCCACUUUUUGGACCGCCUUCAGGAUACACCAAGUCCUUCGCAUUCGGACCGCCUGCUGCAAGCAAUGCAAAGGCCACACAAGCCGCGGGAUCAAAGAGUUCAGUUGCUGGCCCACCUACAACCUCAAAGCCUCUUGCGUCCUCAUUUGCUCGGGUUGCGACUGCGAGGGAUUGGGAAGUCGUACAGCCUACUACCCCCACUACUUCUUUUGCGCUUCCUGAAACAAAUAAUGGUUGGAAUAUGAGUACCCCAUCCACGUCAAAUUAUGCGACACCCCACCCUUCGGGUUUCGCACCGACGGGAGCAUCAGAGGAUCGGGAGGCAGCAAUCAAGGAAGCGCUCGCCGCAUUGGCUAAAGCAGGAUUUAUAGGUUUGACGACAGAUGAUCUUGGAAAGCUGAAUCCCCCCGAUGAAUUUGAAGACGAAUUGAAUGUGAUGGCAGAGGUGCACGGAUACUUCCAGGUCUCGUAUAAGCGUGUAAUCGACUACGUUCCUAUGUGUAUUGACCAUUUAUUCUUGUACGGAAUGGCCGAUAUCCUGCAGGGAUACCUGAUCGAGAAGCUGAACCUCGGGACGUCUAAGGAGGCAGACAGAUGUGCUUGGUAUCUCGCUGAGGACCCGUACGUCGAGGCCACUAGGAAGGAGCUCUUGGCCAAAAAGGACCGACUUGAGAGCGUCCAGCUUGAGCUGAGCACGUUUCGCCUCUAG